UUAAAUUUGAAAUUCACUUCAUUUCGUGUUGCAAAUGCAUCGAAUCGUUGCAUUGAAUCGUUUAUCGUUUAAAUAAACAGGUGCAUUUAAUACAAUAAUGAGCGCUCAUUAAACUUUGUAAUUGGCGUAUAUUGACAUUUAUCAAAAGCAUUAUUCCUCGUAUUUAUGAAUUAAAUAAGAUGAAUGGCGCUGUUAACGGGAAUAGGAAUGGCGAGUACGUCUUUCUGGUCUACGAGUAUGACUAAGCAUAUUUAUCGGGAAAGCGUAAAAGACAGGGGAAUUCGGGCGUUCUCAAGGCUAUUUUAUUCUCGAGCGUGAAAAAUUAACGAAUCAGAAAUGACCAUGGAUGGAAAAAGAUCGAUAAAAAUGGAUCCAUUGUCACCUGGUCCAUGUCUGGACAUUAGCGACGAUGAACUUGUUACGAUAUCGGUACGAGAUUUAAACAGACAAUUAAAAUUACGUGGAUUAUCUAGGGAAGAAAUUGUGCGUAUGAAACAGCGAAGACGUACGCUAAAGAAUAGAGGAUAUGCAGCUAGCUGUCGUAUAAAACGUAUUGAACAGAAAGAUGAAUUAGAAUCUGAAAAGACUCAAGAAUAUCGAGAUAUGGAAGCCAUGCAAGAGGAUAAUAAUCGUAUGAGGGAGGAGGUAGAAUCUUGGCAUUCAAAGUAUCAAGCGCUCAAAAAGUUUGCCCAAGAAAAGAAAAUUAUUAUUCCACCAGACUUGGAAACCAUAUAAAAUUUAAAUGUAUUGAGAUAUUAACUCUUCUCCAUUAUUAAAAUUAGAUUUAAUAAUGGAAUUUGUUUUAAUGUUGUAACAUCUGUGCUAAUCUGUUAAAUUCUAGAGACUUUUAUUUGUAGGACAGAAGACUCUCUUUAGCUUGCACAUAUAAUUUUCGAUUAAUUCAUUCAUAUAGAAAUAAUAUAAUAUAGAAACGAGUGUGUCUCUUUUCUUUCUUUUCUUUUUAUAGAAAUGUCUAUAUACAAAAUACACACACACACACACACACACACAUACAUACAUACAUAUGUACCAUACAUAUUCUUUUUUAAGUAUAAAUACAAGAAAAUAUAACUUUAUACAUAUACAUACAUAUAUAAGAAUAUAAAUAAAAAGAAAAUAUAAAAACAUCGAGUUGAGAUAAAAGAUGGAAUAUAUGGUAAUUUUAUUAAUUCUCAUAUAUUUUCAUUUUCGGUACAUAAUAAAAGUAUUAAUCUGCUAAU